AUCAGAUAUAGUGAAUGCAGGGUCCGCGGGAGACCAGAUAUAGUGAAUGCAGGGUCCGGGGAGAUCAGAUAUAGUGAAUGCAGGGUCCGGGGAGACCAGAUAUAGUGAAUGCAGGAGUCCGGGGAGACCGGAUAUAGUGAAUGCAGGGUCCGGGGAGAUCAGAUAUAGUGAAUGCAGGGUCCGCGGAGACCAGAUAUAGUGAAUGCAGGGUCCGGGGAGAUCAGAUAUAGUGAAUGCAGGGUCCGGGGAGACCAGAUAUAGUGAAUGCAGGGUCCGGGGAGAGCGGAUAUAGUGAAUGCAGGGUCCGGGGAGAGCGGAUAUAGUGAAUGCAGGGUCCGGGGAGAGCGGAUAUAGUGAAUGCA